UCCUGUGUUUUUUCUACUCUCUGAAAAAAACAAAUCCCGAUUUCCCGAUAAAACAGCCUUUCCAAUUCCGUUUAAUUGAUUUGUACCGGCGGCGACUGAAAUCUUUUUUCACAAAAAUAUACAGAUGCCGAUGGCGGCAGUACCACCACCAAUGAUGCUGUCAACGAUGGCGGCAGCCGCUGCAGCAGCAGCGACACCAGCAACUUCACCAACAUCAACAGUUCCGGUGACAUUUGCGAGAGACGCGAUCAUUGCUUGGUUUCGAGGAGAAUUCGCUGCAGCAAAUGCUAUAAUUGAUUCAUUGUGCAGUCAUUUAACUGAAUUAAGUAAGUUAAAUGAUGAAAAAGUGAUUAGUGAGGGUAAAAGAUCUGAAUAUGAAGCUGUAUUUGCUGCGAUUCAUAGGAGAAGAAUGAAUUGGAUCCCGAUUUUGAAUAACCAGAAAUAUUUCUCAAUUGCUGAUGUUCCUGUUGAGCUUAAUCGUGUUAUCGAGUCAAAGAAACAGAAGAAAAAUGAUUUUUGUUGUAAUAAUGAUAUCGAAAUCUUGGAAGAAGAAGAAGAAGAGAAGAAAGAAGUAGUUGUUGAUUCUCAGAAACAAAUCGAUGAAUCCGACAAAGAAGCGGUUGUCGAAACAGUAAUAGGAGAAGAAGAAGAAGAAUUGAAGAAAAGUAGUGAUGAUUCUGGAAAUGAAGAAAUUUCAUCUGAGUAUGAUUCAUCAGAUCGUAAAUCCAGUGAUGAUGAUCAUCACGAAGGAGGCAAUUUACCUUCGGAAAGCAUCCAGAUUUGUUCGAAUCAUGAAGAUUGUGAGACGCGACGAGACAACAUCAAAAUGACUAAAGGUUUCAUUGCUAAGGAGCCAGUGAAAGGGCAUAUGGUCAAUGUUGUUAAAGGUCUAAAACUGUACGAAGAUAUCUUUACUGAUUCGGAACUUUCUAAGCUUAGAAACUACAUAAAUGAUCUUCGCCAUGCUGGUCACAGUGGAGAACUUUCUGGGGAUACAUUCAUUUUGUUCAACCAACAGUUAAAAGGGAACAAAAGAGAGUUAAUACAGCUUGGAGUUCCAAUCUUUGGAGAAAUCAGGGACGAGAAAACAAAAUCUGAAAAGAGCAAUAUUGAACCAAUUCCAUCCGUUCUUGAAGCUGUCAUUGAUCACCUUUCUCAGUGGCAUCUAAUACCUGAAAGUAGAAAGCCCAACAGUUGUAUUAUUAACUUCUUUGACGAGGGAGAAUACUCUCAACCUUUCCUAAAACCACCACAUCUUGACCAACCUAUCGCUACUCUUCUUCUUUCUGAAUCAACAAUGGCAUUUGGUCGUGUUCUUGUGAGCGACAACAAUGGGAAUUAUAAAGGUCCACUAAUGCUUUCACUCAAAGAAGGGUCACUCUUAGUCAUGCGAGGAAACAGCGCUGACAUGGCAAAACAUGUAAUAUGCCCAUCCGAGAACAGGAGAGUUAGCAUGACCUUCUUCAAAGUUCGAACAGAUAUGAAUCACAUCCAACCAUCAACAAUACCUCCCGUAACUACAGCAAUGACACUUUGGCAACCAGGUAUGCCACAACCUUACAGAGUUCCAAAUGGUUAUGGACCCAUGGAAGUAAUCCCAAAAUGGGGACUUUCUUAUGCUCCACUAGUCAUGUUAGCCCCAGCACGUCCAAUGCUUAUGAGCCCAAGGAAGAUCUCAAAUACUGGUACUGGUGUGUUCUUACCAUGGACAAUGAAAUCCAAGAAACCUGCAAAACAUCUCCCUCCUCGGGCUCAACGAGCAAGACUUCUCGGAUUACCUUCCUCAAUGAAAACCCAAGUUGUGGAAUCCACAUCUCAUUCAGCUGUUGCAGUGUAAGAAAUUUCCCGCCUUAAAAUAUUAAACGACAGAAAUAGGCCUUACAAUAUAAUCUCCGGCAGGAGAUAACACAACCUUUUGUGAGUCUUUUGAGCAGUGAAAUUAUCCUAGGAUUCUUACAUUGUUAGAGACCCAAAAGGAGAUUAGCGAAGUCAAGAAAAGGUUCCUACGUUUCAAACUGGAAGCUUGUUUUACUCUUUUUUUGCAUUGCCAGUGGAAUACUUCAUAGGUUAGGGUGGUUUUUGGUUUCUUUCUCUCUCUUUCUCUAGGAAAAUUAGAAAUGAUCAAGUGUUGGCAACUGUCUUUUUUAUUUUACUUGAGUGAAAACCGAAGUUAGAGUUUUAGAAGUAGUUUAGAUGAAGCCCUUCAGAGAGUUCAGAGUUUGUUGAUUGUGAAAUUAACCCCUAGUGAAGGGUGGAAUUUUGUAUCAUUUUUAAGUCAUUUUCAAGUUUAAAGUAAUUGUGUUCAUUCUCAUCUUGUUUAUGAAUUUGCCUGUA